AUGUCAAAACACGCUCCUCCUCCCGGUGCCAAAAGCAUCAACGAAAUCCUUGACGAAGCCCGUUCCCAUCUCACCCGCAUUGACCCCGCUCAACUUCUUACAGAGCUACAAACUCCCGCCUCUCACGGCCCAACUCAUGUUAUAGACAUUCGGCCUGCUGCUCAACGCGAGCGAGAAGGUGCAUUUGCGUUCCCCAGCACACUCGAUACAUCUGCUACAAAACACACAGUCAGCAUCAUCGAGCGCAACGUGCUGGAGUGGCGCCUGGACCCGCAAAACGAUUCCCGGAUCAAGGAGCUUGUGGAUGAGUUUGGCUACGAUACGCGAGUAGUCAUUACAUGCUCAGAGGGCUAUACCAGUUCUCUGGCGGCCAGGGAGCUACAGAAGCUGGGCUUAUCCAGAGCGACAGAUUUAAAUGGCGGUUAUUGGGCGUGGAAGCGGCAUUUGGAGGGUCAAGCGAGCAAUUGA